ACACACACACACACACACACACUCAUACACACACACUCAUGCACAGGGAAGGGAGGGGGAAAGAGAGAGAGAGAGAGAGACUCAGAGAAAAGGAGAGAGAGAGAGAAAGAGAGAGAGGGAACCCCAUCAGCUGGAAGUAGAGUAACAUUACAACUCCUCAUUCAGCUGCGUUGCUCUCCUCUGGCUACAGCUACAGCGCACUGGUGUUGUUAGUAGUAGUUAGUUAUUUAUUUAUUUAGCUAAUCUAGGCAGGAGGACACCUCCUAAAACUACAGAUUAAUCCGAAUUAGCUCGGUUAAAUGCGCAGCAACCGUCUGCGGGAUUUACAGGCGCGCGCAACAGCGGGACAGCAGCAACUGUGCCCAAAAACACCCAAAUCGAGGACUCAAAGCUGGAGAGGGAAGCAUGGAGUAUUUCAUGGUGCCAGCUCAGAAGGUGCCCUCUUUGCAACACUUUAGGAAAACGGAGAAGGAGGUGAUCGGAGGGCUGUGCAGUUUAGCGAACAUCCCCCUCACACCAGAGACGGCGCGGGACCAGGAGCGGCGCAUUCGCAGAGAGAUCGCCAACAGUAACGAGCGGCGGCGCAUGCAGAGUAUUAACGCUGGCUUUCAGUCACUCAAAACACUCAUACCACACAGUGACGGCGAGAAGCUCAGCAAGGCUGCCAUCUUACAGCAGACAGCUGAGUACAUCUUCUCUCUGGAGCAGGAGAAGACCCGGCUACUGCAGCAGAACACACAGCUCAAACGCUUCAUCCAGGAGUUCAGUGGCUCCUCCCCAAAAAGGAGGCGGGCCGAGGAGAAGGAUGAAGGGAUCGGCUCUCCGGACAUCCUGGAGGACGAGAAGGUGGAGGACCUACGGAGGGAGAUGAUUGAACUUCGACAGCAGCUGGAGAAGGAGCGCUCGGUGCGGAUGAUGCUGGAGGAACAGAUCCGCUCUCUGGAUGCUCAUCUAUACCCAGAGAAGCUGAAGGUGAUAGCUCAGCAGGUUCAGGAGCAGCACGUGCAGACGCAGACUCUGCUCCGGCUGCAGCAGCAGGAACAGCUGGAGAGAGAGCCCACCCCUGACCACAGCCCCCAGGUGUUUUCCCCAGCGACGCCCCCUGCCCCGACCCACCACACCACUGUUAUUGUGCCUGCCCCCACGUUACCUCCCCCGCCCCAUCACGUCACUGUGCUAACCAUGGGUCCAGCCUCCGUCAUCAACACAGCAUCCACAUCACGACAGAACCUGGACACCAUAGUGCAGGCCAUCCAGCACAUUGAAGGCACACAGGAGAAGAUGGGUUUGCCCGAGGAGGAGCAGCGCCGAGCAGUCAUCGUCACCCCGGGUCGCAUCCUUACCGACACUGCAGACUCCGACACCGCCUCCGACAAUGAAGGGUCCGAGGACUGUUAACUUCCUGUCUGUAGUGGGAAAAGAACAGACUCUCUCACUCUGUCUCGCUCUCACUCUCUCAUGUAGACAUACAGAACCUAUAGGAUAGUGCUGACGGAACCGGAGGGGUCAGUCAAGGGUUAAUAGAACAACAUGGCGCAGAAAUACUAAACACACUUACUUAACUACACGUGAACACACACUCACACUCACGCUCACACGGUUCAUUCUUCCACAGUCGGAGAGUACACUAAACGCCUGUACCUCUCGGAUCUGUGCUCACACUCAGUAACACAGUAACUCUCAGUCCAGAUAUCUCUGAUUAUUGCUUUUACACACACACUGUGUGCUUUUACACACACUCAUCACGGAUUUGAGGGUCUAUGGCUUAUAGUGAGUUCCUAAAAUACCUUAAAAUUAUUAUUAUCUCUGUUAAAAAAAUGCUGUUUAGUCCAAGACUAGGCUUAAUCCCUGUCUGUGGAACUGACUCUACAUGUCCAAAUGUUUGUGGACACCCAUUUAAACUGCAUAGAUGUGCAAAUGCACACAUACAGCUUGUCUAUUCCCUAUAGAAAUGAGCUACUGCCCAAUGGCAAGCAUGCUCUAGAGCUAAGGGUUAUAAAGCCCUGAGUAUUGAGCUUUGGAGCAGUAGAAGAAAAUCAUGCUCCCUCCAUCCAUCCAUCCAUCCAUCCAGCCAUCCAAACUUCUGACUUCAUUAACGCUCUUGUUUCUGAAUGCAAUCAAAUCCUUGCAGCAAUAAUUCCCACCAAAAUCUUCAAAUACUCUUCAUAAUCUUAAAUUGACACAGAUUUAAAGUAAAUAUACACAUGCUGCCACUCUGUUUAGGAGAUCGCCGGUUCGAAUCCUGUUCAUGCAGCUUGCCAUCAGCUGCCAGAGUCCUGAGAAAGCACGAUUGGCCUUGCUCUCUCUCUCUCUGGGUGGGUACAGUAGAUGGCGCUCUUUCCCCUCAUCACUCCCAGGGUGAUGUGGAUCAGCACAAGGCUGCAUCUGUGAGCUGAUGUAUCGGAACCGAGUGGCUGCGCUUUCCUCCUAGCACGCUGUGAUGCUACUCGGCAAUUUGAAAACAGGCGGAGUUGUGGCUGGUGGCCUUUUUUCUUGGCCCACAUACAAAAGGUUUUUGUAACCAUCAGCUUUAGACACCAUUGGACACAAUUUGGUGUUCCUUUAGGACCUGCGAAUACGAAGCUUUGAAGUUUCGUUUUGGAUCCAUAAAACAUACAAAAUAUUUGAUUAAACUUGAUCAAAUCUGCAAAAAUUGUGCAAAUAGCUACAAACAGCUCAGACUUCUGUUACUGUUCUGUACUGAAGUGUUUGACCCAGAAUUGGUCUUUUAGGGCGUUUUCACACCUGUAGUUGAUUUCUAUGGAGUUGGUUUAUAAGUUUGUAUACUUGGAGUAUUUUUUUUUUCUUACUUGGUUUGGUUUGUUUUCACACAGGCACAAACGUAAACCCUAAUGCACCAAAAUGCGCACAAAAAGAAACAUGCAAGUACAUUGUCUUCUCUGAUUCUGGUUCAAAACCUAAAAAAUAAAUAGAGCGUUAGCUAGAACAUUCUGUUUUCGUUCUAGACGAGCACAUAUUACUGUACAGCUGCUUUAAGACUGAAUGUAGAAAAUGUGAAAAAAAGCUUAGCAUAAAGCAGCAGCAGAUACAGCGUUUGUUUAUAGCUGUAGUUAUUAUUAAUUCAGGUAAUAAAUCAGAUUAAACUGCACCUGAACAGCCAUUUGCUCAAAUAUGAAGAGGUUUUUGAGGUUAAUGAACCAGAGCAUGUUUUAACCAGACCAAAGUGGCAAAGUGCUGGUGUGAAAACACACUAAAUCUUUCAGACAAUGAAAAAUAAGCCAUUAAAAUCCCUUUAAAGUAGCCGUGAUCCUCAUGUCCACGAAUAUGAGUGUGUGUAAACGUCCGACAGCAAACGUAGAAAACGUAGAAAACGUUGAAUUGGGAUUCCACACUAGAAAACCUUUGGCAACACUCCUGCAGGUCUGCUCAUCUGCAGACCACUGCUCUUCCUGUGGAGGGGCGGAGUCUCUGAUUCAGGCCUUACUGUCUCUGUCCUAUCACUACCGUUAAAACUGGAGAAACCCUAGCCCAAAUCCCUCACCCCAAAACCCUUAAACCCUAAAAAACACCCUCCCUGUACUCCACAAACCCCCAAAAAACCCAAUCACCCAACCCCUGUACACCCAGCAGAAUCUCCUCUUUCUAUCUCUCUCUCUCUCUCUCUUUCGCUCUCUCUCUUCUAUGUCUGUCUGUCUCUUUGUUCAAAUGGAGCUAAAAGCCUGUCUGCUCUUUUCCUUUCUGUCCUAAACAAACUUUCUUUUUUCUUUUUUUUUUUUGUUUGUUAAAAGAAAAGAAAAUCAUAGAGCAUCACUGUGAGCAUACCUGGCCUCAAAAAAAAAAAAAAAAAGAAGCGCGAUGUUCCGGCCCCGUGGCGUUGAAUUGUUAAGAGGAAAUGACACAUUUUAUUUUAUAAUUUUAUUUUUGUUCGUUCUCUUUCGUCUUUUCUUUUCUUUUAUAGAGGAGUGUCCCUAAACAGCAGUGAUCUAUCGCUUGUCUCUCUCUCUCUGUCUCUCUGUCUUUUUACGGAGGACCAAAGAUCCGCUCUGCUUUGUGCACUUUGUAAAUAGAGCGAAGUCUGUCCGUGGAGUGACACGCAGGAAGCGAGCGAGGGAGGGCGGGAUGGAGGACAGACAGAUGGACAGAUGGGCAGGCGGCACUGUGCACUUGACCUCACUCCUGCUCAGCUGGGCUGGGCUGGGUUCCCCGGCCGGGCGCACAGCUCAAAUGACUGAUUACAUACUGUUAUUUGGGUCUGCUCGUGCUGGUCCUAAUGUUUUGGUCGGGUUUAGAUCUCUAAAUUAAAUGAGAUCAGCCGUAAAAAAAAAAAAAAAAAAAAAAGCUGGAAAGUGCAUGCAGUACAGGCCAAAAUUUUGGACACACCUUCUCUUUUUCAAUGCGUUUUCUUUAUUUUCAUGACUAUUUACAUUGUAGAUUCUCACUGAAGCAUCAAAACUAUGAAUGAACACAUGUGGAGUUUUAUGUACUUAACAAAAAAAAGGUGAAAUAACAAAAAAUAAAUGUUUUAUAUUCUAGUUUCUUUAAAAUAGCCAUCCUUUGCUCUGAUUACUGCUUUGCACACUCUUGGCAUCAUUCUCUCAAUGAGCUUCAAGAGGUGACCACCUGAAAUUAAAAAUUUUCCAACAGUCUUGAAGGAAGGAAGGAGUUCCCAGAGGUGUUUAUUAGCACUUGUUGGCUCUUUGCCUUCUUCACUCUGUGCUCCAGCUCACCCCAAACCAUCUGGAUUGGGUUCAGGUCCGGUGACUGUGGAGGUUCAGCUCAUUUUUUGUUAAGUACAUAAAACUCCACAUGUGUUCAUUCAUAGUUUUGAUGCUUCAGUGAGAAUCUACAAUGUAAAUAGUCAUGAAAAUAAAGAAAACGCAUUGAAAAAGAGAAGGUGUGUCCAAACUUUUGGCCUGUACUGUAUUUCCUGUGCAUCUUUCUCUCGGCUGUGCAGCGCUGCAAAGCUGGGAUUGGCAUGAUGGGCACGAUGUCUAAGAAAAACCUAUUUAUAUGUUAUGUAGGUGGGUAUAGGUGGUAAUGGCACUAGCAGAUUUCUCAUAGGCCCAAUCCCAAUUCACCCCUUUGCCCUACCCCUUACCCCUUACUUAAUCAGGUGUCCUGAUUCUCGUUAAGCUGGAGGGGUAGGUUAGCCCCUUAUACUGAAAUUUUUCAGAUUCAGCGCACUUCAAACUGAGGGGUAUGAGAAUCACUAUUAAGAUGGCAACACAAAGUGAUGCUUAGCACUAUUUUACCAGAGUUUAAUGAGUAGUUUCAAUGUUUUAUGGACACAAUUCUUUAUAACAAGCCUAAAAAAAGAUUGCUAGUAGUUUAACAGCCUCAGUAGCUAGCUAGCUAGCUUAUCUAACUUUCCCGUUCCACCUUAAAUGCUGCAGCAGACUGCAGAAGCUGCAGCAGCAGUUAAGGCGGAAUGGAAAAAUAAAAUAAGAAUAAAAAAGGGUAAUUAAAGCUAAUUUCAGCUCUUCAUCGCAGAGGAAUUAAGAAAUGGACAAUAAUAAUAAUUAAUUUCUGCACCAUCUCAUCUCCCCCCUUUCUGAAGACAUACAAUGUAAAUAAUACAAUAUGCUCUAAAGUUAACUAUAGUUAAUCAGCAGCAGCAGCUAGGUUGCUGAACUUUAGCUCUUCUGAUGACGUAUCGGGUGAUUUCCUAAAGGGUUGUCCCUUCAUUAUUUGUGGAAGGAAGUUCUAACUCUUCUAACUGUUCUAAAGGGAAGGUUUACACUUGAAAAGAAGGGGGUAGGGCGCAAGGUGUGAAAUGGGAUUGGGCCCAAGACUUAAAGGUUUGCUCAUAUAGUUUUUCACGUGCCCUCUCGGUAGGUUUUCGCAUUUUUGGCGCUUUUUGUUUUCCUGGAAAUGAAAGAAAGCUCUGUGUCCUCCGUUGUGAUUGAGAAGAAGACUUUGCGCUGGCAAGACUGUGCUGGCAUAGCUGUGCCCAAGCCUUUUUUCUUUUUUUGUUUUUGUUUUUAUAUACACGUCCUGCACACUUCCUCUAUGCACUCUGUAGUAGUCGACUCUGAGCUGUUCGUCUUGAUUUUCCUCGUUGUUUCUUCUUCAGUCCGAGCGUGUGCAGCGAUGCCCGAGUGAGCACAUGCCACAGAGAGAGGCUUUGCCCACCUGAGCUGAGCUGUGUGUGGCAGCACAGCCUCGACACAACCCACUACAGCGGGCGGAGGGACACAAUCCAACCUUAAACCCAGUCCUAAAUCAAUUAUAAAUCAAUUUAAUCAAAGGAAUCAAUGGAAUCUGCAUUGAUUUAAGCAGUGCACGCUCUUUAUUUAGGAAACUCUAUCCCAUGUUUCCUUGCAUCUGAUUAUGGGCGUAACCCUGUAAUGUGAAUAUAAGUGGCAAAUUUAAACAUUCCAGAAAAUAGUAUUAUUAUUAUCACCAUUACAUCAUACAUACAUAAUGCAUCAUGCACAUUUCCCCUGAUCCAGGAUCCAACGCCAGCUUCCAAAAGCCUAAUUUAUAGUAAGAAACUGUAUUAUUGUUAGAAAAUCGGCUGCGUCCCAAUUGCAAACUACUUACUAAUAUGUACUUACUUAAUAUAAGUAUAAGGAUAAGGCAGUGGUUCUCAAACUUUAGACCAUGCACCACUCGUAAUCAAAUUUUGGCAAUUUCAAUGCCUUUUUAAGUACAGCAUACUGUAGGUAAUGUAUGUGUGUAUAUGUGUGUGUGCAUGGCUCACUUUUAUUAUCAAUAAUUUAUAUAUUAUAAAAAGAUUUGGUGACUAUUAAGACGUCUACUAAUUUACAAGACCAAUUUUACCCAACCCACUCAUUAUCACUAGUGAUACAUCAGCUCACAGACGCAGCCUUGUGCUGAUCCACAUCACCCUAGGAGUGAUGAGGGAAAAGAGCGCCAUCUACUGUACCCACCCAGAGAGAGCAAGAUCAAUUGUGCUCUCUCAGGGCUCCGGCUGCUGAUGGCAAGCUGCAUGACCGGGAUUCGAACCAGCGAUCUCUUGAUCAUAGUGGCAGGGCUUAGCCCGCUGAACCACUUGUAGCUACUGUAUUAAUGCUAAUACAGAAAAUAUUGGGAAUAUGUGAUCUUACACAGAUUCUAAUUGGUCACACACUAAACAAGAACAAAUCUAAAAUGAUAAAAUUGCAUUGUAUUGUGCAUCUUAUAGAUCUUCUUUUUUUCACAAAUUUUUGAGUACCAUCAGUGGUACACAUGCCACAGUUUGAGAACCACUGCUAUAAGGUUAUAUACUAUCAUAGCACAAAAAUAAGAACAUUUGUUUGGUUGGUUGAUUAUUAUACAUUUCUUUGUUGUAAUAAUGCUUCUUGGUAAUCAAAAUGUUAUAUCAUAGGAAAGCCUGUUAAUUUCUCUUUUAAAUAGAGAAACAUUUGUAAGAAACAUGUAUUUGUGAAAUGAGCACCACCCCAAUGGUAUACGAUUUAUUAUCAAGAAGUAUUAAUAGAAUAAGGAAAUACCAAAUGCAAUCUACCAAACACAUUUUUUUUAACUUUUGUGCCCUGUUUAUACAGCCCUGGGAAAAAAAGAGACCACUUCAGUUUCUGAAUCAGUUUCUCUGAUUUUGCUAUUUAUAGAUUUAUGUUUGAGUAAAAUGAACAUUAUUGUUUUAUUCUAUAAACUACAGACAACGGAAAUUGAUUAAAUAGUUUUAAGAGUUCAGAAAUCAAUAUUUGGUGGAAUAACCCUGGUUGGUUUUUAAUCAGAGUAUUUUUCAUGCAUCUUGGCAUCAUGUUCUCCUCCACCAGUCUUGCACACUGCUUUUGGAUAACUUUAUGCUGCUUUACUCCUGGUGCAGAAAUUCAAGCAGCUCAGUUUGGUGGUUUGAUGGUUUGUGAUCAUCCAUCUUCCUCUUGAUUAUAUUCCAGAGGUUUUUAAUUUGGUCAAAUCAAAGAAACUCAUCAUUUUUAAGUGCUCUCUUAUUUUUUUUUAUUUUUUUUCCAGAGCUGUAUACUAAUAUAUUAAUAGUGUGUAGUAUGCUAAUAUGCUGCUCUGUUGCUACUUCAGUAGCUAACGUUUCUGCUACAAUUACACUGAACUGAGAUCUGAGAGAUUAUCCUGGAUAUUUGAUUUAGGAUUAAACUCAACUUUCUUAUAUAUAUAAACACUUUCAUUUAUAUUACACACUUCAUACUCAAAAAUACUAGUUAGUAUUAGUAAUUAGUAUUUAGUAGGCAAUUGGGAAAGCCUCUUUUACCCCAUUUUUUUAGAUGAUUAAGGAGGGAAUUUUCUUUCUUUGCUGCUGGAUAGAUUGCUGGAAGAAUCUAUUAAACACUUUUUUUUUUUUUUUUAUCCGUUUUCAUCCAUUCAAUGCUUCUGGACCCCUAAUAAUACAGCUUAACUGCUGAACAUGAUCCUGGAAUACUGUGUUGGUUAGAUUGGGUGGGUUUUAUUGGGUUUAAUUAGGUCUGUAUCCAUCAAAGCUCAGCAUCCUGCAACAUCUCAGCAUUUCCUCUGUAAUUGAAGCUCGAUUUUUGUCUUCUUCUCUUCUCGUUUUCUUGUUUUGUUCUCUGGCCUUCGCUGCAGUCGGCUGUGUAGGACGGGUAUGUGAGGGUUUAGCCAGCAGUGUACACUUUAUUGAAGCACUUAAACUCGAUUAUUAGAAGUAUCUCUUGCUUUUUAAGAGUUGUUUCCACAGUGGAAGCUCUUCUCACUAAAAGACGGAUCCGAGCGCAUCUUGUCCCUCUGUAUGUCUCUGUAAUCCUGGAACCCGUCUCAUAUCCCGUAUCUCAUUUCCCCUCUCCUUUUCCUUUCAUCUGUCACAUCCUGUCUCUUUUUUUCUAUUUUUUUUUCUUGUUUUUGGGGCUCUUAGUCCCGUCUGGUUGUUGAGAAGCUAUUAUAUUUUGUUCUCAUUUUUUUAAGAAAAAAAAAAAAAACUGGUGAAAAGAGGCGUGUGCCUUUGUAAAGACAGAAUAAUAAAGUUUGUACUUUGUUUUUUACAAGUUA